GUUACUAAACUCAGCGAUUGUUUCAUAAGGGCUUUUCGUAACAUUUUGCGUUGUAUAAAACGUGAUGACGCUUUGCACAUUGUGCCGCUGUGUAGAAGCAUGAUACGUGCGAUAAGUGUCAUUGCAUUGAGGGACAUUAGAAAAACAGGGAAAUGCUGUGCAGCUGUUUCUGUUCUGUCUCCUUGUAAAUAUAGGUUGAAUUGUGUUUCGUUUUGCACGGAAACGCCUGACACGCGCACCGCCAUGGAUCUGAGUGACAUGAGAAAGAAAUACAAGGGAGACGAUCAGUGUUUUGAAGAAGACCAGCUGGUAUCCCUGGACCCGAUAAACCAAUUUGGAAACUGGUUCGAUGCAGCCACCAAGUGUCCAGAGGUCGGCGAGGCCAAUGCGAUGUGCAUUGCCACAGCUACCAAAGAAGGGCUCCCAUCUGCUCGCAUGGUGCUGCUGAAAGGUUUUGACCACGAGGGGUUCCGUUUCUUUUCUAACUACGAGAGCCGAAAAGGCAAAGAGCUGGAAAGCAACCCACACGCUUGUCUGGUGUUUUACUGGGAACCUUUAAACAGAUCGAUCCGUAUUGAGGGCACGGUGGAGCGCAUCCCCUACCAGAGCUCCUGUGACUACUUCCACUCGCGGCCCAAGAGCAGCCAGAUCGGGGCGGUGGUGAGCCGGCAGAGCACAGUCAUACCCGACAGAGAGUUCAUGAGACAGAAAAACGCUGAAUUAGAAGAGAAGUAUAAAGACACUGAAGUCCCAAUGCCUGACUACUGGGGGGGCUACAUCGUCAAGCCUCACACCAUAGAGUUUUGGCAGGGCCAAACUAACAGGCUGCACGACCGGAUAGUGUUCACGCGGCAGAAGGAGGGAGAGACGGAGGUGAAAGACAUGCAACACGAGGCCGCAGGGGGGUGGGUCUAUCAAAGACUCUCCCCUUGAUUGGCAGCGUCGCAGGGCUCCAAUCAGCUGUACUACAAGACAUUCUAUCAACUGUUAACACCACAUCUUCCUCAUCAUAAUCGUGUGAAAGGGAUCCUAUUUGGCCAGCUUGAGUGACUGCCGUUAAAUGCAGGGAGCGUUCCAGUCUCAACAGAAUAUUGUCAGUAUUUGGUUUAAAUCAAGUUGCGGAAUAUUCUUUUUACGUGUGGAAAAGCAUUGUGUGGAAUAAGGCCACGUUUGGAAUGAGUAAAGAGUUAACAUGACUUGUGCGCAAACCGAAUACUGCCAAUGUUUCAAUUUAAAUCAGAAUUUUGCCUUCACGUAAAUGCGCUCAAUGCUAUAAUAAUGUAAUAAGUCCCGUUAGGUUGAUCAUGACAUCUUUUUGUUCUUACUUGAAAAUGCACAUGUUCCAUCGGCAUCACUGACUGAAUAACUCAAGGGGUCCCUUUCCAUAGCUAACCCGCCAUCCUCCCCUUUUGCUUGUGAUCUCCUCUUGUUUGUGUGCCUCGGAACGGACGCCCAGCCCAACAAAGUUUCCCUGCUGUCAGCCUAGAUACAACAACCUUUGGGGGACUUUUACCCAUUCACCUUCCUGAUCGCAAAUGAGAAAAUUAGCUUUGAAUUGUGCUUUCAAAUAAAAGCUCUGUCGUCAAUGACGUCUUCUCUCGCACCACGAGGCCAUACGCACAAGGAGAGGACGGGAGGUUAGAUAUUGAAAGGGAUCCAAGGAUACAUACUGUACACUCUGAGAUGUGUUUGGCCAUAUGGACAUGUGUUUGGUGUGGUCCUAGUACAGUAGGGGUGAAUUCAGGCAAGUUGGGCCACUUUUGGCCAUUCGCUUAUAUGAAGAAGAAAAAAGUGGCCCAAUUUACCUGAAUUCACUAUGUCAUUGUUUUCCAUAAAAUGCACUGUCACUCAAAAGCCCUGUCUUAAGAGCACAAGCUCCUCUGCCUUUGUUAACUCGAAAAGUGAAUAGCUUUUAAAGUUACACGCUUUUGACCUCAUGUUGAU